UGCCCCUCCCCGCCCCGCAGGCCCGCACCGCCGCCAUGAUGUGCGAGGUGAUGCCCACCAUCAGCGAGGAUGGCCGGCGGGGUUCGGCGCUGGGCCCGGACGAGGCGGGCGGGGAGCUGGAGCGCCUCAUGGUCACGAUGCUCACGGAGCGCGAGCGCCUGCUGGAGACGCUGCGCGAGGCACAGGACGGGCUGGCUACAGCGCAGCUGCGGUUGCGCGAGCUUGGCCACGAGAAGGACUCGCUGCAGCGUCAGCUCAGCAUCGCGCUGCCCCAGGAGUUUGCAGCUCUGACAAAGGAGCUGAACUUAUGUCGGGAGCAACUGCUGGAGAGGGAGGAAGAGAUUGCAGAGCUGAAGGCGGAACGGAACAACACGCGGCUGCUCCUGGAACACCUGGAGUGCCUGGUGUCCAGGCACGAGAGGUCACUGCGCAUGACCGUGGUGAAGCGCCAGGCCCAGUCCCCGGGUGGGGUCUCCUCGGAGGUAGAAGUACUCAAGGCUCUAAAGUCUCUCUUCGAGCACCACAAGGCCCUGGAUGAGAAGGUCCGGGAGCGGCUGCGGAUGGCGCUGGAGCGCGUGGCAGUGCUCGAGGAGGAGCUGGAACUGAGCAAUCAGGAGACUCUGAACCUUCGAGAGCAGCUGUCUAGGCGGCGGUCAGGGCUGGAAGAGCCGGGCAAGGAUGGGGAUGGGCAGACGCUUGCCAAUGGCCUGGGUCCUGGCGGGGAUUCCAACCGGCGCACAGCAGAGCUGGAGGAGGCCCUGGAGCGGCAACGUGCCGAGGUGUGCCAGCUGCGGGAGCGCCUGGCGGUGCUGUGCCGUCAGAUGAGCCAGCUGGAGGAGGAGUUGGGCACUGCGCACCGCGAGCUGGGCAAGGCGGAGGAAGCCAACUCCAAGCUGCAGCGCGACCUCAAGGAGGCGCUGGCGCAGAGGGAAGAUAUGGAGGAGCGGAUUACGACGCUGGAGAAGCGCUACCUGAGCGCCCAGCGCGAGGCCACGUCUCUGCACGACGCCAACGACAAACUGGAGAACGAGUUAGCUAGCAAGGAGUCACUGUAUCGGCAGAGUGAAGAGAAGAGCCGUCAGCUGGCCGAGUGGUUGGACGAUGCCAAGCAGAAGCUGCAGCAGACGCUGCAGAAGGCGGAGACCUUGCCCGAGAUAGAGGCGCAGCUAGCGCAGCGCGUGGCGGCGCUCAACAAGGCUGAGGAACGUCAUGGGAAUUUCGAGGAGCGGCUUCGGCAGCUGGAGGCCCAGCUGGAAGAGAAGAAUCAAGAGCUGCAGCGGGCCCGGCAGCGGGAGAAGAUGAACGAUGACCACAAUAAGCGGCUGUCGGAGACGGUGGACAAGCUGCUAAGCGAGUCCAACGAGCGCUUACAGCUUCACCUCAAGGAGCGCAUGGGGGCGCUGGAGGAGAAGAACUCCCUGAGCGAGGAGAUAGCCAACAUGAAGAAGCUUCAGGAUGAGCUGCUGCUAAACAAGGAGCAGCUCUUGGCCGAAAUGGAGCGGAUGCAGAUGGAGAUCGACCAGCUGCGGGGGAGGCCACCAUCCUCCUACUCCAGGUCUCUUCCUGGCAGUGCCCUGGAGCUCCGUUACUCUCAGGCACCCACAUUACCUUCUGGUGCCCACCUGGAUCCCUAUGUGGCUGGCAGUGGUCGGGCAGGCAAGAGGGGCCGCUGGUCGGGGGUCAAGGAGGAGCCCUCCAAGGAUUGGGAGCGGUCUGCCCCUGCGGGCUCCAUACCACCCCCAUUCCCUGGGGAGCUGGACGGCUCAGAUGAGGAGGAGACAGAGGGGAUGUUUGGGGCCGAGCUGCUGUCCCCCAGUGGGCAGGCUGACGUGCAGACGCUGGCCAUCAUGCUUCAGGAGCAGCUGGAGGCCAUCAACAAGGAGAUCAAGCUGAUCCAAGAGGAGAAGGAGACAACAGAACAGAGGGCAGAGGAGCUGGAGAGCCGGGUGUCCAGCUCUGGCUUGGACUCGUUGGGCCGCUACCGCAGCAGCUGCUCCCUGCCCCCCUCCCUCACCACCUCUACCCUUGCCAGCCCCUCCCCUCCCAGCUCUGGCCACUCAACUCCCCGCCUGGCACCCCCUAGCCCUGCCCGUGAGGGCACCGACAAGGCUAAUCAUGUCCCUAAGGAGGAAGCUGGAGCUCCACGAGGGGAGGGGCCGGCCAUCCCAGGAGACACCCCACCACCCACUCCCCGCUCUGCCCGUCUUGAAAGAAUGACCCAGGCCUUGGCACUGCAGGCGGGGUCCCUGGAAGAUGGGGGACCCUCACGGGGAAGUGAGGGUACCCCAGACUCCCUGCACAAAGCCCCCAAGAAGAAGAGCAUCAAGUCCUCCAUAGGCCGUCUCUUUGGCAAGAAAGAGAAGGGACGAAUGGGACCCCCAGGCCGGGACAGCUCUUCUCUGGCUGGAACACCCUCCGAUGAGACACUGGCCACUGACCCUCUGGGACUAGCCAAGCUGACAGGCCCAGGAGACAAGGACCGAAGGAACAAGAGGAAGUGA